CUCUAAUCGGAGAUCAAAGAAGCACAGCCGUUAACGAUGGCUUCCGACGAGCUGGCAAAGGUCGUCGAGCCGAGGAAAAAGGGCAACGUCAAGUACGCCUCCAUCUGUGCCAUCCUCGCCUCCAUGGCCUCCGUCAUCCUUGGCUAUGACAUCGGGGUGAUGAGUGGAGCGGCGAUGUACAUCAAGAAGGACCUGAGGAUCACGGACGUGCAGCUGGAGAUCCUGAUAGGGAUCCUGAGCCUCUACUCGCUCUUCGGGUCCUUCGCCGGCGCGCGCACGUCCGACAGGAUCGGGCGCCGCCUGACCGUGGUCUUCGCCGCCGUCAUCUUCUUCGCGGGGUCGCUGCUCAUGGGCUUCGCCGUGAACUACGGCAUGCUCAUGGCGGGCCGGUUCGUGGCCGGAGUCGGCGUGGGCUACGGGGGCAUGAUCGCGCCCGUGUACACGGCCGAGAUCUCGCCGGCGGCGUCCCGGGGCUUCCUGACGACCUUUCCGGAGGUGUUCAUCAACAUCGGCAUCCUGCUCGGCUACGUGUCCAACUUCGCGUUCGCGCGCCUCCCGCUCCACCUCGGCUGGCGCGUCAUGCUCGCCAUCGGCGCGGUCCCGUCCGCGCUGCUGGCGCUGCUGGUGUUCUGCAUGCCCGAGUCGCCUCGGUGGCUGGUCCUGAAGGGCCGCCUCGCGGACGCCAGGGUCGUGCUGGAGAGGACCUCGGCCACGCCAGAGGAGGCCGCGGCGCGGCUGGCCGACAUCAAGGCCGCGGCGGGGAUUCCCAGGGACCUGGACGGGGACGUGGUCGCCGUACCCAACAAGGGGCGAGACGGCGGCAGUAGUGAGACGCAGGUCUGGAAGCAGCUCAUCCUGUCCCCGACCCCGGCGGUGCGGCGCAUACUGCUGUCGGCCGUCGGGCUCCACUUCUUCCAGCAGGCCUCCGGCAGCGACUCCGUGGUCCAGUACAGCGCCCGCCUGUUCAAGAGCGCGGGGAUCACCGACGACAACAAGCUGCUGGGCGUGACCUGCGCGGUGGGCGUGACCAAGACGUUCUUCAUCCUGGUGGCCACGUUCCUGCUGGACCGCGCGGGGCGGCGGCCGCUGCUGCUGGCCAGCACGGGCGGGAUGAUCGUGUCGCUCCUCAGCCUCGGCGCGGGCCUGACCGUGGCGGGGCACCACCCGGACGGCAAGGUGGCGUGGGCCGUGGCCCUGUGCAUCGCGUCCACCCUGGCCUACAUCGCCUUCUUCUCCAUCGGGCUCGGCCCCAUCACGGGCGUGUACACCUCGGAGAUAUUCCCGCUGCGGGUGCGCGCGCUGGGCUUCGCCGUGGGCGUGGCCAGCAACCGCGUCACCAGCGCCGUCAUCUCCAUGACCUUCCUGUCCCUCUCGAAAGGCAUCACAAUCGGCGGCAGCUUCUUCCUCUACGCCGGCAUCGCCGCCGUCGCGUGGGUCUUCUUCUUCACGUGCCUUCCGGAGACCCGCGGCCGGACGCUGGAGGAGAUGGGCAAGCUGUUCGGCAUGCCGGACACGGACGACAUGGCUGAAGCAGAGGACGCUACAGCAGGCAAGGAGAAGGUGGCGGAAGUGGAAAUGUACAUGCCAAGUAAGAUGUAAAGCGCGGCUGCGGCUACAGCGUCUUCGUCCCCGGGCAGAGGUCAACUGGAAUAGACGGACAAGAUUUUUUUUUUUUUGGAGCAAAUGGUAACCAGAUGGGCAGGAAUAAGAUUGGCCUAUGAGGUCGGUGACUCGGUGCCGUCGUCCAACCGGGAUUCUUCUGCUCGUUUUCUAUCUGGAAGUACCAUUCCCUGUCCCGUUCGACGUCGUUUGCGGAUAGUGCGAUGUCGGGAGUUAGUGGUGUCAGAGUCGCGCGUGUCUGUUCUACAAUGCAGGGCUAAUGGACCCAGAAUAAUCAGUAGCAACUGCAGAAAAGUGCCAUGUGCUUCCACGUUGUGUUGUGCGUUCCAAUUUCCAGAUGCCAUGCUCAAUGUUCCUUUUGGGAUUACUCAAUGGAUUUUUAGGGC